AAGCAACGACUAGUACACCCACAUCAAUACUACAAAUAUGUUUGGAUUACUCAGUAAAAGAACUGGAUUCAGAGCUGCCAGUGUUGCUGUUCAAUCAGUAAGAACUUUUGUCCCAUUAAAAGGUGCUAAACCAACUGUGUUUGAACCAUUACCAAAAAAGAGAAACGGUGAAAAUGCCAUGGCUUAUUUACAUAAACAAUUAUUAAAGAAGCACGAUCCAACUGGACAAAGAACCAACUUGAUCAACACUUUGCGUGCCGGGGACAUUAUCAGGGUUACUUAUAUGGAUAGAAGUGAUGUCAGUGGUAGAAUCAUUGCUAUUAAGAGAGGUCAAUACAAUUUAGGAGGGAAUAUCUUGAUAAGAACCAAAGUCGGGCGUAUAGCUUCUGAACUCAGAAUCCCAGUGUUCAACCCUAAUAUCAGAUUUAUUGAACUUGUGGAAAAACCAAAGCAAUACUUGCCAAGAAACAAACACUACUACGUUAGAGAAUCUUCGAAUGAUGUCAAUGAUGUUGAAGCUUACCUUAAGAACAAGAGAUCUGAAGAAGUUAAGCAAACCCAAACUCACAAAACUAAGUAGUUAACUCUAUGGUGUGGAUAAAUAACUUUGUAUUCUAAUAGUAAUCGUGUAUAUAAUAAAUAAGGUAUAUUCAACUCUGUUGUAGCACUUGAAGCAACUUAUUAGAAAGUUCAUCUCCAAACUUGACUUGAAAACUAGGACUAACGGCCUGCAUGAAUCCUUCAAAUGUUUCAUAGCUUUUCUUAGGAGCACCUAGCUGGUACCAUCCUCGUAAUUCCACGGAUACUUUCAAAUCAAUACCUUCUUGUGUUUGUAUGUAGAUAUAAUUGUCCUUGGAGGCAGGAAGUAAUUCACCAUUGUCACUAUAACUUCUGGCUGCCACGGACACAUUGCCAAGUUUCAAUUGGCACUGGGGGAAGAACGACUCAUAUUCUUUAUGAAUAGUUGUGAGCUCGUAUACUUGAGUAUCGAUAUCCAUGUUCAGCUACCAGAUUGAAGAAGUGAACAGUUACAUUCAGUUUUAUAACUCACUGUGGAAUACUUU